AUGAGAGAGGUUGUCCAUAACGAAGGAGUAGAUGAGGAGCGGAAUUGGUCUGAUCUUCCUCACGAUUUGCUAUGUAAGUUAUUAUAUCAUCUCUCUCCUCCCGCAAGAUGUGCAUUUAAAGCUACUUGUAAAUCAUGGAGCGCUGCCAAAAUAUCACUCCCACCACCCAUUGACUCACCGGUAUCACCUUGUUACUACUCAUGUCCAAAUCUGAUGUUCACCAAUUGCUACAAGUCGAGGUAUAAGUUUUAUAAUCCAAUCAACCACGAAUUUUUCCUUGUCUGCGCCACUGGUUUGAAAGGUGCCCUUGUUCGGUGUUCCAAUUUUGGUUGGUUACUCAUGUCGCGCCCCAAUCUUGACUUGUUCUUCUAUAAUCCAGUUACAACGCAGAAAGUAUUACUCCCUAGGAGUGAUAUUGCUUUUACAGCUAUGUGUUUUUCAUCUCCACCGACUUCUCUAGAGUGUCAAGUUUUUGGAAUCGCAAAUGAUGACUGUAUAGGAAUCAUAAGACGUGGAGAAAAAACUUGGAGAAUACAUGCUGUGAAAGGUCUGUUUGCAAUGUCCACCCACAAUCCUGUUUUUUACAAUGGCGCGUACUACUGUUUAGAUCGUAAGAAUGGUGACAUUGGUGUUUGUUGUCCCGACGAGAGUGCAGUACACAAAAUUUUUAAAAUUCGCCAAACACAUCUGUUCAAAACAGAAAGGAAGGGGAGACGCCAAAUUAUUAAAGCAAUACGCCAAAGUUUUCUGUUGGAAGAUGAUGGAAAACUGUAUGGAAUUUUCAAUCGCCAUGAUGAUGGCAUCACCGUCCAAUGCUUAAAUCUCAAAAGCUGGAGAUGGCAGCCAGUUUUGGAUUUUCCGAACAAGAGUUUAUUUGUCAGUCACAGCGCUUCAUUUGUUUUUCCUACAACCAAACACGUUGCUAACCGGGUGUAUUUUCCCAAGUUUCACGACGAAGUUGGUAUAUUUUAUUCUCUGAAUACAAUGAAAUAUCACUCAGUGGCAGGCAGUUUUUCUAGCAAAACAUCAUAUGAAUUGGAAGAGAUUAUGGAGUUUGGAACUUGGAUCAAACCCAACUUUAAUAGAGUACCGGAGGCAGAACUUAAUAGGUGA